AUGGCUACGACUACCCCGAGCCAGUCCAAGACACUCGACCCAUUGCUAUUGUGGAUGAUUCACGGAAACUACUAUGACCUCCACACGUAUGUAUCGCGGCAUCCCGGUGGAAAGGAAGCUAUUCUGUUGGGACGCGGUCGCGACUGCACCGCCUUGUUCGAAUCCUACCAUCCCUUCACUUCGCAGCACCGUCGUGUAUUGGAAAAACAUCGAGUGACAAUUGACACCUCGUUUUGCAGCAAACAGCAAGACAGAAAAGUAUCGAAACAAACAGUUUCAUCCAGCGAACAAGCCAGUGACGUCUUUUACAACAUGUUGUGUCAGCGCGUCGCGCACGCACUGCAAUCUCAAGGAGUGGAUCCGAUCCGUGAUCGAGGUGCCACAUGGACACGCAGUAUCUACUACGUCUUUCUGUUCGCCGCAUUGCUAGCUAGCGGAUACGCUCACUGCACGGGAAGCCUACUCGGUAGCCUUCUCUUUGGUGUGGCUGGUUGGUUUAUUGGUGCUUUGGGACACGAUGGCGGCCACUUUGCUGUCUCUCGCCGAGCCUGGCUCAACGAUUUUUCCGUCUGGGGUAUUUCCUGGUUGUGCAAUCCUAUCAUGUGGCAACACCAGCACACGUACGCGCACCAUAGUUUCACCAACGAAUUUGAUCACGAUCCGGAUUUGCACCACUUCACAACCUUUCUCCGAGUACAUCGCAAGUUUCAGCAAAACUGUAUUUAUCGCAACCAAGCCAACUGGGUGUACGUGUUUUGGGCCUAUACCUUUGUUACCUUUGGCGCAUGCUUUUGGAUUCCAUGGGGCGUGUUGCGGGAGCAGACCUUGUACGGACUCGUCGAUUGGACGGAUCGGAAGCGUCCGUCACGGACGGCGGCCUUUGUGUUCCACUUGGUAACCUACUUUGGUCUCGUCAUGGUGCUCCCCUUUUGGACGCACGGAACUUGGUACAAGGCGUGUUUGGGUGUCAUCUUGCACAUGACCACCUCGGGCUUGAUCUUUGCCUUUUUCUCGCAAAUCAAUCACAUCAACGAACUAUCGUUGGACGAAAAGGUCGUGAAACUGCACCGAUCCACGUUGGAUCCUACCGUGCGCGAUUCGUGGGCCGUAGCGCAGGUGGAAGCCUCCAACAAUUUUUGCACCGACUCGGCAUUUUGGCAUCUGUUCUCCAACGGACUUAAUUUGCAAAUUGAACACCAUCUGUUUCCGGGAAUCAACCAUUGCCACUUGCAUCACAUCGCGCCGGUCGUCCGCGAAACCUGCAAUGAGUACGGUGUGCGGUACAAGUCGUACGAUAGUUGGUCCGAUAUAAUGCGAGCAAUGUUGAAGUGGCUCGACCAAUUGUCGGUUGGUCUGGACUGA